AUCACUACAUAAGACGUUUUACGAACAUCACGCGGGUGUUUGUGGUUUUAUGACUUGACUAUGGAAAAGUAAAUAUUGUUUGUUUUCGAAUAAAUGACAUUUUGGCGGGUGGGUUCUCUGUGUUUUGUGAAUGUUUGAAGAUUUAUUAUUUGUGUUGUGGUAAAGUUACCUUACGUUUGAAUUUAGUGCCAUUAUAAAAUAUUAGUGACGAGGAAAUCAUUUACUUGCGAAAAUGCCUUGUGAAAUGAUAACUCUGCAGUUGGGACAGUGUGGUAAUCAAAUUGGCUUUGAGUUUUGGAAACGUCUCUGUGCCGAACAUGGCAUCAGCCCCGAAGGGAUCCUGGAGGACUUUGCUGUGGAAGGAGUGGAUCGCAAGGACGUCUUCUUCUACCAGGCUGACGACGAGCACUACAUACCUCGAGCGGUGCUGCUGGACCUGGAACCACGCGUCAUCCACACCAUCAUGAACUCUCCCUACGCCAAGCUGUACAACCCGGAGAACAUCUACCUGUCGAAGGACGGCGGGGGCGCGGGCAACAACUGGGCGUCCGGCUACAGCCAGGGCGAGAAGCUGCAGGAGGAGAUCUUCGACAUCAUCGACCGCGAGGCUGACGGCAGCGACAGCCUUGAGGGGUUCGUGCUGUGCCACUCCAUCGCGGGCGGCACGGGCUCAGGCAUGGGCUCCUACCUGCUGGAGAAGCUCACAGAUCGCUUCCCCAAGAAGUUGAUCCAGACGUACAGCGUGUUUCCCAACCAGGACGAGAUAAGCGAUGUGGUGGUGCAGCCCUACAACUCGCUGCUGACCUUGAAGCGGCUCACGCAGAGCGCGGACUGCGUGGUGGUACUCGACAACACCGCGCUGAACCGCAUCGCCACGGACCGCCUGCACAUCCAGAACCCGUCCUUCGCGCAGAUCAACACGCUCGUGUCCACCAUCAUGUCCGUGAGCACCACGACCUUGAGGUAUCCUUCAUACAUGAACAAUGAUCUGAUAGGCCUGAUAGCGCCUCUGAUUCCAACGCCCAGGCUUCAUUUCCUGAUGACGGGAUACACGCCCCUGUCCACCGACCAGGAGGGCGCGUCAGUUCGCAAGACGACGGUGCUGGACGUGAUGAGACGACUCCUGCAGCCCAAGAACAUGAUGGUGUCCACGGUGCAUGACCGCAGCGUUCCUCACUGCUACAUCUCCAUCCUCAACAUCAUCCAGGGCGAGGUGGACCCCACGCACGUGCACAAGUCCCUGCAGCGGAUACGGGAACGCAAGCUGGCGCAGUUCAUCCCGUGGGGGCCGGCCAGCAUCCAGGUGGCCCUGUCGCGCAAGUCGCCCUACAUCCAGAGUGCGCACCGCGUGUCGGGGCUCAUGCUGGCCAACCACACCGUCAUCUCCUCGCUGUUUGACCGGGCGCUCCAGCAGUACGACAAGCUGCGCAAGCGGGAGGCCUUCCUGGAGCAGUUCCGCAAGGAGAAGAUGUUCCGGGAGAACCUGGAGGAGCUGGACAGCUCGCGGGAGGUGGUGCAGGAGCUGGUGGAGGAGUACCAGGCGGCCGCGCGUGAGGACUACCCCUCGUGGCGCGAGCGCGACCGCCAGUGAGCCAGCGCCCCACCACCGCUUCCGUCUGAUUGCGACGAUGAGCUGGCAUGGUCGUCUCACCACCGUCACUACGCCAACUUCUGUCGAGUGUCUGCAUUAAGAGUUUACUAAAAAUAUGUCGUUCAUGUAGUUACAAUGUCAAGUUAUUUAUACAACAGAUAAUCUUAUGUUGAACAAUAUGCAUGAUCAAAGAGUAAUAAUGUUCGACUCUCGACCCAACAAUAAUUGAUGAAAACACAGAAUAAACAAGAUUAAUGAAACUUAACAUACAAAAAAAUGGGUUGGGGGGGGGGGGGGGGGGGAACUCCCUAGUAGCAUUUCUUUCGCACCAAUGUAGAUGAUUAUCAUGUUUACUUACAUUCAACGUUAAAAGGCAACUUUGAUAUAGCUUUAAGAAAGCUGUCUUGAGUGUGCCACUGUGAAAUACUAACUCCCUUUAGUUUUUUUUUUCUGUACAAAGAAUCAAUUUGAAUCUCAUCUAGUGCAUUUUGCAUGUGUUCAUUGUGUAUAUAUAUGUGCCAUGUAUUUAUUUACUCAUUAAUAAAAAAUUAAUCAUUUUUAAGAA